AGCCUUGAAACACACUGAACUGGUGACAGGCAAUGGGGAUACAUACGUCAUCAGUGCGCGCCCAGGUUUCAGAGGAGGUAGCAGAUGCCUCUUCGAAACAACAGCCAACAGUCGUCUAGUUACGACCUGUUUUUCCUCUCAUACUGAGCAGCUGUUGAGAUGCCAAAAAAAUUCCAGGGCGAGAACUCAAAGGCUGCCACAGCCAGAGCCCGCAAAGCUGAGGCCAAGGCAGUAGCAGAUGCUCGGAAAAAGCAGGAGGAGGAGGAUGCGCUGUGGCAGGAAACUGACAAACAUGUACUCAAAAAAGAGCAGCGAAAGGAUGACAAAGAAAAGAGGAGGGUGGAAGUGUUGGAGAGGAAAAAAGAAACCCAGCGGCUUCUGGAUGAGGAAAAUGCCACACUAAAAGGCAAAGCCCAGAAGGAGGCUGCAGCUGGAGGAAAAGUCACGCGUGCUCAAAUCAAGGAGAUGCUUCAGAAUGAGCAGCAGCAGCAGCAGGAACAACUUAAACCAAAAGAAAAGAGUCAUCUGGAAACUCCAUUGGAGGAGAAUGUGAACAGAAUUGUCCCUGAUGAAGGAACUUUGGAAGCAAGAACAAUAGAAGAUGCUAUUUCUGUGCUCAGCGUUGGGCCAGAAGACAUGGACCGCCACCCAGAGCGUAGGAUGAAAGCAGCGUUUGCUGCAUACGAGGAAGUCAACAUGCCUCGUCUAAAACAGGAGAACCCCAACAUGAGGUUGUCACAGCUAAAGCAAGUGUUAAAGAAAGAGUGGACAAAGGCACCAGAAAACCCUCUGAACCAGCGCUUCAGUGCUUACAACACCAAGUGAACAUACUCUUUCCCCCCAUAGCGCCAUUUGAAAACUUUCUGCAUAUGCACAUUGGAGACUUUCAUUGGAAUAUAAUUUCAUCUACAUUGGGAGUUGCACCUGUGCCUGCCCAGAAACAAGUCUCCUCCUCUUGUCAUUCACAACAUAGGAAUACUUAAUUUUCCCUUAUCAAAUGUCACAAUUGAUCAUCUUGUCUGUGCACAUGGCCUCUAAUGAGACAUCUCUGCAUCUAAUAACUUUAGGUUUAACUUUUUUUUCUAGCACUUAUGGGGAGGUGGGAGCCAGAUGUUUUGAGAGUAACUUAUUAAAGUUCCCUGCUCAAUCAUCA